GCUGCUUCAGGAGAAUGACGUGAGAGAGUUUGUACCUCAUAAUGCAUGCUUACAGAGACUGGAAGAGAUCAUUGUCGGGUUUUCACAUGUGUGGAUGAAGGAGAUGACAUUGAGUGCUUGCUCUUUCAGUUUGGCUUGAUURAAUAUUCCCCAGGGAGAAGCUGUAAAGAAAAGGACAACAGCAGWAGAAAGACAAAGCAGAGAAGCAGAGGAAGGAUCUCAAGAAGAACAGAACAGAGGAAAAAGACAAUACACUUGAAAAAACUGGGUAAGCACAAGAGCGGAGCACAUAGAGCAAUUGAAAGAACUAAAGGAGAGGAAGAGUGUCAAAGUAUGAGAGAGGAUGAACUGUCCAGAGAUGAUCACCCUAAAGGCAGGGUGGUUCCCAAAGAGAAGCUGGCAACUCCGCUUUCUAACGCCUGUCCUGUUGUUGUAGCCACUCCAGGCAUUACCGGACAUAAACGACAGAUUGGCUCACACACAGAGGAUCACCUUACUCCACUCACUCCUACCUCAACGGACAACAGCAACAAAGUCAAACCAGAGGAUGGCAUUCAGAUACACACCCCAACAGGUCCCAAAAAACUCAAACAGAGCCCUCAGCAUCAGCCGCCUUCUUCCAGCCCCUCGCUUUCUCCCCUGCCGGGUCACAGUCCUGGAGGACUCCUAACCCUCGAGGACCCACAUGCUCAGCGGGCCAUUGCCAACAUCCGCGAACGCCAGAGGACUCAGUCGCUGAAUGAAGCAUUUGCCUCGCUGCGCAAGAUYAUUCCAACUCUUCCCUCGGACAAACUGAGCAAAAUUCAGACUCUCAAGUUGGCAUCCCGCUAUAUUGACUUUCUGUACCAGGUUCUGCAAAGCAACGAGAUGGACAGCAAGCUUGCCGGGUGCAACUACCUGGUGCAUGAGAGACUGAGCUACGCCUUCUCUGUGUGGAGGAUGGAAGGGGCAUGGUCAACAAUGUCUGCAGGUCACUAGCUGGGUCUGAUAGGUCAACAAAGUUGACAGAGAAGGAUUGGUACAAACUGAGCUCUUCUGUAAGCCACAUUAGCCUUGAACCUCUUGAGGUUUGUGAAUCAGAUAGCCUCUGRACUGUUAUUUAAAUGUUUCAACUGAUUGCUGGGGAAGRGACACUAGAACACACUCAAAGUAAGACCUCUGUAUGAAUGUGUACUCUGUUUACAUUGUUUYUAUUUAAGUUUAGAAAACUGGUCUUCAUUGAAGAAGUUCAAAGACUAUCUCUACAAACUUUCCUCCACAUGAGAAGAAAUAAUUUUACUUAAGGUAUUUUAAUCCAUUUGUUUUCUUUGGAUUUGAAGUCAUAAUGCUGUUUGAAUCAGCUGCUCUCCCCUAAUUUUAUCACUGCAUCCAUCAGGCAUACAUACCACAAGCCAAAUUUAAACUUUAUGUUGAGUAUUUUUCUGUAUGUCUGCUAUAUCUUGGGUUAGCAAGAGGAAWUUUGUGUGAGAUAUAUAAAACCCAGCAGCUGUAGGGUUUAGAUGAAACUCUUAAAACUGAUCCUGGAUCUUUGCCUUACCCAAAUCCUUUCAACUUUUAAUUUUCCAGCCCUUGAAAUCCCUUGGCCACCUCAGAACUCGAGAAACAGCGGAAAAUGUAGCCAUGGGCAGUUGCCUCUUUUAAAACAAAACCAAGCCCCUUUGUGUUUUCUCCUGGUUCUAAAGAGAAACUCCUGUUGAAAUAUUUUCCUCCAGUUCUGGCUCAAAUUUAGCUUGCAUGGCACGAAUCUCUGAUACAACUACAGCUUGCUGACGAGGAGGCGUAAURAAAACAAACAGUCUUUUUACAGCCAUUAAUCAUGUGUGUCAUCAUCAAAGGGGAGGCUGAUGUGGCUCCCCACUGGGCUUAGCAUAAACCAUGGGCAGAGAUGGAGGAGGUGAGAGCUGAUUUAUGCACACAAACGUGGACGUGUGUAUAGGUGUAGGCAUGUACACAUUCCCUGCAAAUUGCAUGUUCUGCAUGUACUAGGUUCUAAAAWUACCUCUGCCGUAUUUGUUUAAAGUAUUACCAGAGUAAAGUUUACUUUUUUGUCCCAUUGAAGCCCCAUGGUUUUUAUUUUUACUGUUGCUUUUAUUUUAACAAGUACAAAGAGAAUUGAGCAGGCAGGUUGUUAGCUUCCAAAACAAACCCAUGACAAAUUUGACAAACCGCUUCUUGCUUCAGUGCCAGCAUGCAAAAAGAUCGGCAACAUUUUGCAGUUUCCAACUGAGAUGAAUAAUUUUAAUUUUUUUGAGCCCUGCAGUCUGCAGUGUGGUCUCAGAAGGCUUAAGCCUUAAGGUCUCUGGCAUAUUAGAAGAUGCUUGACUUUUCAAAAUGACACAUCAUCCAGGAGAGAUAAUAUUGAAUAAAUUGUAAAAGAGUUGCUAAAAUGUUCCAAAUUACUUUUCAAUAAAUUAAAAAAAAAAAAAAAGUGUAUUUCUUCAAGCAAAUUGUAUGGGAAUUUUUUUAAAUGGUUUUUGAU